AUGGAAUCUGGGAGAAGGGGAUGGAAUCUGGGAGAAGGGGAUGGAAAAAGGGAGACGGGGAUGGAAUCUGGGAGAAGGGGAUCGAAUCAGGGAGAAGGGGAUGGAAUCUGGGAGAAGGGGAUGGAAUCUGAGAGAAGGGGAUGGAAUCUGGGAGAAGGGGAUGGAAUCUGGGAGAAGGGGAUGGAAUCUGGGAGAAGGGGAUGGAAUCUGGGAGAAGGGGAUGGAAUCUGGGAGAAGGGGAUGGAAUCUGGCAGAAGGGGAUGGAAUGUGGCAGAAGGGGAUGGAAUCUGGAAGAAGGGGAUGGAAUCUGGGAGAAGGGGAUGGAAUCUGGGAGAAGGGGAUGGAAUCUGGGAGACAGGGAUGGAAUCUGGGAGAAGGGGAUCGAAUCAGGGAGAAGGGGAUGGAAUCUGCGAGAAGGGGAUGGAAUCUAGGAGAAGGGGAUGGAAUCUAGGAGAAGGGGAUGGAAUCUGGGAGAAGGGUAUGGAAUCUGGGAGAAGGGGAUGGAAUUUGGGAGAAGGGGAUGGAAUCUGGCAGAAGGGGAUGGAAUCCGGGAGAAGGGGAUGGAAUCAGGGAGAAGGGGAUGGAAUCUGGGAGAAGGGGAUGGAAUCUGGCAGAAGGGGAUGGAAUCUGGAAGAAGGGGAUGGAAUCUGGGAGAAGGGGAUGGAAUCUGGGAGAAUGGGAUGGAAUAUGGAAGAAGGGGAUGGAAUCUGGGAGAAGGGGAUGGAAUCGGGGAGAAGGGGAUGGAAUCAGGGAGAAGGGGAUGGAAUCUGGGAGAAGGGGAUGGAAUCUCGGAGAAGGGGAUGGAAUCUGGGAUGGAAUCUAGGAGAAGGGGAUGGAAUCUGGGAGAAGGGGAUGGAAUCUGGGAGAAGGGGAUGGAAUCUGGGAGAAGGGGAUGGAAUUUGGGAGAAGGGGAUGGAAUCUGGCAGAAGGGGAUGGAAUCCGGGAGAAGGGGAUGGAAUCAGGGAGAAGGGGAUGGAAUCUGGGAGAAGGGGAUGGAAUCUGACAGAAGGGGAUGGAAUCUGGAAGAAGGGGAUGGAAUCUGGGAGAAGGGGAUGGAAUCUGGGAGAAGGGGAUGGAAUAUGGAAGAAGGGGAUGGAAUCUGGGAGAAGAGGAUGGAAUCGGGGAGAAGGGGAUGGAAUCAGGGAGAAGGGGAUGAAAUCUGGGAGAAGGGGAUGGAAUCUCGGAGAAGGGGAUGGAAUCUGUAAAAAAGGGAUGGAAUCUGAGAGAAGGGGAUGGAAUGAGGGAGAAGGGGAUGGAAUAUGGGAGAAGGGGAUGGAAUAUGGGAGAAGGGGAUGGAAUCUGGGAGAAGGGGAUGGAAUCUGGAAGAAGGGGAUGGAAUUUGAGAGAAGGGGAUGGAAUCUGGGAGAAGGGGAUGGAAUCUGGAAGAAGGGGGUGGAAUCUGGGAGAAGGAGAUGGAAUGAGGGUGAAGGGGAUGGAAUCCGGGAGAAGGGGAUGGAAUCUGGGAAAAGGGGAUGGAAUCUGGGAGACGGGGAUGGAAUCUGGGAGAAGGGGAUGGAAUCUGGGAGAAGGGGAUGGAAUCUAGGAGAAGGGGAUGAAAUCGGGGAGAAGGGGACGGAAUCUGGGAGAAGGGGAUGGAAUCUGGGAGAAGGUCCGGGAGAAGGGGAUGAAGUCCGGGAGAAGGGGAUGGAAUCUGGGAGAAGGGGAUGGAAUCUGGGAGAAGGGGAUGGAAUCUGGGAGAAGGGGAUGGAAUCUGGGAGAAGGGGAUGGAAUCUGGGAGAAGGGGAUGGAAUUUGGGAGAAGGGGAUGGAAUCUGGCAGAAGGGGAUGGAAUCCAGGAGAAGGGGAUGGAAUCUGGGAGAAGGGGAUGGAAUAUGGGAUAAGGGGAUGGAAUCUGGCAGAAGGGGAUGGAAUCUGGAAGAAGGGGAUGGAAUCUGGGAGAAGGGGAUGGAAUCUGGGAGAAGGGGAUGCAAUAUGGAAGAAGGGGAUGGAAUCUCGGAGAAGGGGAUGGAAUCGGGGAGAAGGGGAUGGAAUCAGGGAGAAGGGGAUGGAAUCAGGGAGAAGGGGAUGGAAUCUGGGAGAAGGCGAUGGAAUGAGGGACAAGGGGAUGGAAUCUGGGAGAAGGGGAUGGAAUGUGGGACAACGGGAUGGAAUCUGGGAGAAGGGGAUGGAAUCCGGGAGAAGGGGAUAG